AUGGCGAGCUCGAGCCGGACGCGCGCGCCGCCGUCGGCGUUCCCUGCGGGGUCGAGCCGGUCGCCGACGACGGCGACUGGCCCGCCGUUGCCGAAGCCGCUGAAGCGGGGGAGCAGCGGGCAGAUGACGUUCGAGCAGGCGCUGAGGAGCGGCGGGACGGUCAAUCUGAGCGAGCCGCCCGAGUUCGACGCGCUGGGGUUGUUGGACAGUCCCGGGCCGCGGCGGGCGUCGUCGGGGAGACAGCAGCCUGCGACGCCGACGGUGGUGCCGCCCACGCCGACACCGACGCGGUCGAGGGACAACACGGGCACGCUGCGGGAGCCACCGCCGACGCCGUCGACGAGCAGCUCGAGCGACGUGUUCUUCGACGCGAACGUGGGGCCUGCGAGUCCGAUGAGCCCGACGAUGCCCGUGAGCGCGACGGACGACGCGGACAGGGAGUACGCCACCAAGCGCCGCUCCCUCUAUCGCUCCCCAGGCACCGCUUCCUCCCCAGACCUCGCCACCCUCGUCCGCAAAGCCAAGCAGCGCGGCGCACUGUUGUCGUCGAAACAUCUGCAUCAGAAUAGUCGACAAGAGGUGCCGCCGCCGUUGCCGAGCGCGCCGAGCACGCCUGGGAGGGGAGGGCGGCCGAGCACGAGCAUCAGUUCGGGCGACGGGCGGAGGCUGAGGAAGGACAGGCCGGGGACGCCCGAGCAGAGCUGGGUGAUGGCCAGCCCGGCGAGCGCGACGAGCGACGGCAGCGGCGCGUUCAAGAGCAUGCGCGCCAGGACAACCGCUUUCUGGGGAAAGGUCACCGGCGGCAGCGUCAGAGACCGUUCGAAAUCGGACGCGACGAACGCGCCUUCGCCACGCGCGUCCCCUCCACCGCCCAUGCCGCCCCUCCCGCCCUCCGCCCAGCGUCCACGCACAGCUGACGUAUUCAACACAUCCAGUCAAUCCAAGCCACUCCCUCCAGACCCGACCACCCCUCCCCGCGCGCCCUCACCAGACAACACAACCGUCCGCCCCGUACGACGACCGGGCUCGGGCCACAUCAAGCGACGCAGCAUGUCCGUGUCCGAGAUCGAUGGCUUUCUCGCCGACCAGAUGCGUGACUUUGACGUCGCGCCUGCAACUUUGGAUCUCAAAGUGCCUAUUACGCCCGAUAAGAGGGCGAGGCCGGCGCUCAGGCAGGUCGUCAGCGAUCCAGAGGCGACGUCGCCACCCGUGGUCACUGUCGAGAACUCUGCGGGGAAAGAGGUCGUGGGCAUGGGGUCGGCGAGCAAGGAACAUGCCCAGGCCCCGCCGAGGAGUACAAGCCUCAACACACCUCCUCCACCUCGCGUACGUGGACCGCGCGAACGCCACCCACCAUCCAGCGCAGGCCGUGCGGCGUCGUUUGCAGCGGCAGGCGCACUAGCUUCGCCCACGCACGUGCGUACACCAUCCGGUACCACGCGUGACGCCAGUAGACUCUGGGCGCCACAAAGAGCGGCCGCCUUUAGCAGCGAGCCGAGCUUGAUACCCGAGGAUCCCAGCUCACCCAACCCCGGUGCAGCACCGCGGUUGGUGGCGAGCAAUCAGGAUUUGAGGAGGUUCCCGAGCAGUAUCAAGCACGGUGGGAGAAAGGAUACGGAUGGGGAUGAGGACGCGGUGGAGGUGGAGAUCAAAGGACGGGAGGCAGCGCAGAAGUGCUGGGACGAGGAUGAGAGCUUUGUUGGGAGGGAUAAGAUUGCAGAGUGGCUCGGUGGCCACAAAGCGGUCAACAAAGUCGCCCUCCGCUUCUACAUGGACAACUUCGACUUUUCCGGUCUCAGGCUCGACAUGGCCUUCCGCCGCUUCUGCGCCAAACUGUAUCUCAAAGCCGAGACCCAACAGGUCGACCGCAUCCUGGACGAGUUCAGCCGUCGGUACUGGGAAUGCAACCCCGGCAGCCUGUUCGGCAACGCAAGUGUAGUGCACGCCGUCUCGUAUUCACUGUUACUCCUCAAUACGGAUCUGCACAUUGCGGAGCUGCAGUCGAGGAUGAGCAAGGCGCAGUUUGUCAGGAAUACGUUGGAUACGAUCAGGAUGCAGCUUGAUGCGCCUACGCCUACUACGUCCAACUCGACUCGGAAUGCGUCGACGGCACCUUCGACAGUUUCCUCUGCGAGUGGAGGCGAUACUGUGCGGUCAAGGCCAAAAAGGAGUGACUCUAUCACCAGCUGGAACUCGAUUACUCGAGAAAUGGUUGCCGGUAUCUCCGCCACUGGCACGGGCACCGGCCAAGGGCGGCAUAGCGCUCAGAGCAGUCUGCCGAGCUUGCCUGUGAGCAGCGCGAGCUUGCCUGGUAGUGCUGGAGCCAGUGUGCCCAGUUUACCGGCGGGGAGGAACAACGACUCCAGUGUAAGCGUGGGCACAAACACGGACAGUAAGACGCCCAGUACACUCGUCAGCUCGAUGGUGUUCGAUCGGGACUGGGAGAGUAACAUGGAGAGCUUGCUCAAGGAUAUGUACUCGGCUAUCAAGUCCCAGCAGGUCCUACAGGCCAUGCCGACAGACACCACCUCUCCCUACGGCGGCCCGCUCGCGCGGAAUCGCUCGCUCCGCGUUCAGCCCAAUGACCGUCUUACGACGCUCAAACGGGGCAGCAUUCGUGGGAUACAGUCUAUACUGUCCAAUAAUGCCUCGAACUCGCCUUACGCCGAUCGAGAUCGCGCCGCAUCGCCCGCACCGAGCUAUGCGACGAGCGCGCAUGGUGAUCUGCUGGGCAGCACGUUGAGCUUCGUCCCGCCCGCGCUCGGGUUCGCGAGCAACCUAUCCCACACCAUCAUCCGCGAAGCCCGAGAAGACGACGAACAUUCCGAAAAAUCCGUCGGCAGCUCCGUCGAUACGUCCAUCUCGAUCGGCGACGAAGAGCUCGCGCUGCUCGGUCCGCCGUGGGCAAAGGAGGGCAUGUUGUGCCGGAAGCAGUAUAACGAGUCCGGCGGCAAGCGCGCGAGGAGCAAGGCGUGGUUGGACGUGUUCGUCGUUAUUCAGAAGGGCGAGCUCAGCAUGUUUACGUUUGGUGGGAAGGGCGGGGCUGGGGGUGGUGGGAUGGGCGUCGGAGGCGGGAAUUGGCUGGAGAAUGCUAAUCCGGUCGGUGUGCUACCCCUCGCGCAUUCCCUGGCGCACGCGUUACCACCACCGGGAUAUAACCGGUCAAGACCGCACUGCAUGGUGUUGACGCUCGCUGGCGGAGCGGUGUAUUUCUUCCAAGCCGGCACGGAGGAACUCGUCAACGAGUGGGUCGCGACGUGCAACUACUGGGCCGCGCGACAAUCCAAGGAGCCCUUGACGGGCGGAGUCUCCAACAUGGAAUACGGCUGGAACCGCGCCCUACCGUCCUCAUCCCUCCCCGACUCCUCGUCCGACAUAUACGACCAAGACCGCGACGGCGCCGAGAGCGUGUUCAGCACCGGCCGCGGCGACGCGCUGAGCGUGCGGAGCGGGAAGAGCCGGACGGGCAAGAUUGGCGGGAGCCCGUGGGCGGAGAAGGGGUUCGUGAAUGAGUGGAAGCCGCCGCAGCCGCCGCUGGUGGCUAGUACGCAUGAUGAGGAGGGGCAGUUGGAGGCGCUUAGGAAGCAUGUGGGGAGUAUGACGGUUGAGCUGCAGGAGCAUAAUGAGUUGAGGGCGCCGAUGAUGAACCUGUAUGCACCGCGGAGCACGAACGGCGCGAAGGCGCUCGCCAACUGGGAGAACAAAUCCAAAUGGCUCCUCUCGGAGAUCGUGAAGUACGAGUCGUACAUCGACAGCUUGCAGCGCGCGAUGGCGCUCCGGAUGAAGCGGCGCGGCGAGAAGGCUCUGGAGAGGGCGCUGAGGGAGGGCGGGGACAGUCAUAAGAAGGCCAAGGCGAAGUCCAAGGCGCAGAGGGAGGAUCCGGCGAGGGGUCAGGGGCAGGGGCAGAGGUGGAGGAGGCCGGACGAGGCUACGAUUGAGGAGAGUGAGAGUGAGGAGACUACGGAUGCGCAUGCGCCGUUUAGGCCGGGGAUGGGGAGGAGGGUUAGUGCGAGGACGAUGGAGACUGUCGAGACGAUGGAGACGGAGGACGAGGAGUAG